AUGGACGAAGAAGAGCCCCCAAUCCUCACGGCAGUGUCAAGCUCUGCGCGACAAUUGUACCUGCUCCUCCGCUGCAUCGCCUUCUCCAACAAGGCUCAUGUCCACAUCAGCGACAUUGGCAUGAAGCUUGCUGUGGAUGAGGCGAGCGUCAUGGAAGCAUCCGCCUUCCUCGACAAGUCUCUCUUCACAACCUACACCUUCAAUGCGCCCGCCCCACCGCCGAACUCACAACACUCCGACAGCGAAGAUGAACUCGACCCAACAUCUACUACCACUCCCGCGUUUCAAAUAUCUCUUCCCGCUCUCCUUGAGACCCUCCAGAUCUUUGGCCUCACCGACCCCUCCACUUCCAAACCCCCAUGGGCGCGCGAUGGUGCAUAUCCCACUAGCACAGCCUUCACUGGAAACAACAUAUUAGGCGGCAUGAACAACCUUUGUCGGAUAAGCUAUCAUGGCCCCGGUGCUCCACUGGCCGUCACUUUGACAGAGGCGAGCAUACGCACGCAAUGCGAUCUCACGACGUACGAGCCAGAGUACACAGACGAAAUACCUUUUGAUCGACAAGCCCUCGCCCUGAAAAUCAUCAUGCGAGGCAGCUGGUUGUAUGACGCAGUACAAGAGCUAUCAUCUACAAGCCCAGAGAAGCUGACCAUGUACGCCAAAACCGUGCGCGGCAAACCCUUCUUCGCUCUAUCGUCAUCAGGCACUCUAGGCUCAGCGCGCGUCGAGUUCAACAAUCAGCCCCAACCCUCUGCCUACCGCACUCCUGCGUCCACGAACCUCAACACGAACAAUGAGGCAGCAGAUCAGAAACCUACCAACCUGCUCGAGACCUUUCAGCUCAGCGAUCCACAAGCUGUUCUCCGCUCAUCCUACAAGUUUAGCUUGAUACAAAAGGCCGCGCGCGCCAUGAACGUUGCGACUAAAGUCAGUAUACGAGCAGAUACCCAAGGCGUGUUGAGUCUACAGUUCAUGAUUGAGGUCGAAGGCAGUGGGUCGGCUUCUCAGACUGGACCUGGAGGGGCCACAGGCGGACAAGUGAGUUUCGUCGACUUUCGCUUUGUCCCGCUCGUGGAAGAGGAUGACGAGGAGGCUGAGGGCGCAGACGUUGACGAGACCCUGAUGCACAAUGGCACAGGAAGCGAUGGCGAGAGUGGCGCUGACGAUAUGCUAUGA